AUGAACAAGUCUUCUAUCAGCAACCCUUCCGUACACCAUAACAACGAAACCAAAUCCAAUCUUGAACAAACACAUUUGCCAGUUGUUUCAUGGACAACGACAGAUGUUACGAACUGGCUCGAAUCUUUGAAUCUGUCGAAUUUCAUCCAUCGACUAUGCACGGAGAAUGGCAUCGAUGGGUUAACAUUGCUUAUGAUGAAAGAGGACGAUCUAAAGCAGCCACCGUUAUCCAUUGAACGUUUGCGUGAUAUUAAAAAGCUUUGGUAUCACAUUCGUUUGCUUCAGUGUCAACAAAAUGAUUUCUACUCUUCAUUGGACGACCGCUCGACAAAACAUAAUCAUUCGUCAUUAUCACCUUCUCAUUUAUUAGGAACAAGCGAAGAUUCAUGUUCAAUACACACGAAAUCAAAGCCGAUUUUCAAGACGUUGAAUGGAGAGAAACGUAAGACUCUAGUGAGUUUUAUCUAUGCAUUGAUUAGUGGCAUAUGGACAUCGUUCAUAAUGGUAGUUGUACACAAUCGAGUACCGAAUGUACAAAAGUACCCACCGUUACCUGAUCUUUUUCUCGACAAUAUUCCACUGAUUCAUUGGGCAUUUACAGUUAGUGAGUUCUUGAUUGUUGUCAUGGGUAUCACAUUCUUACUGAUUUUAAUGUUUCACAAAUAUUGUAUCCUUCACUAG